GUAGUCUUAGACUAAUUACGGCCAUCGAUCAUGCUCCCUAUUGUGCCAUAGUUCUAGCUAGACUACUCCGUAGAUGUCGCCGCCUCUACCAACGGCCAUCUUAGGCAGAAAUGACACAGUCCAUGGUAGUAAUGCUAACAUGGAUCGAUCAUGUGGCUGCGAGUGUGCUUACAUUGUGAACUUAUCAUGUCGGAGUAUCGAUCCCAACCGACGUCAUCGCGUGGCCUACAACUAUAGAAAGCCCGCUUCUCUCCUAUCACUUCUCUGGCUGCAACUGCUCUGAAAACCUCCCCAGAAUCAUACAUACUCUUCUUCAUACCUACUACGCAUCUACCACUAAGCCAAAUCAAACUUGUCACUAUGCCUGUCAUCCCAUCCGAGCCUGCUAGCUUCCCUGCUGCUCAGGGCAGUAACAACGACAACCCUUCCAACUCCUCGGCACAGAAAGAGCCCAGUCAGGGUACAAAGAAGCCCUCGGAGGACGAUUACAUGCGGAAGGGCCCUGUGAUCAUGGAUAACUUGCCCCCCAAAGCAACAAAGGAAGAGAUCGAGGCACGUAAGAAGGAGCUAAACCAGUGAAACACCAGGAGUGAUGCAGGAUAUGUUGAAUGGCCUACUUUCAUACUUUGUAUUGAUCAUGAAGACUACGAAUGUUAUUCCGUCGGUGUAAUGAAAUGUCACAUUAAAGACGGAUUGCGGGGAUAUAUUUACUUGGCGUGACCAAUUAUUGUAUGCAGUGACCUUGACAUCGCGAAGCACACGCCUCCCCACGAGCGGU